AUGACGUGCAACCAUCUCCUUUGCUGGGUGUUUGUGCUUGUGGCCUCUGGCCCACUGUCUGUCCAUACCAUCAUAGAAUCUGCUGAGAUGGCCUAUCCAGGACCUGUAUCUGCAGAGGACCGAAGAAUCGGAUCACUGGACGACCUGUCUCUCUCGGAGCAAACCUUCCCUCUACAGGAUGGAGCUGAUCUCAGAUAUUCUCCUUUUUUAUCUAGUAGAGACGGUGUUGGAACAAGUCAGCUGCCGAGAGGCCUCAAAAGAGAGGUCAUAUUGGAGAAGCAAAGUCUGCUAAAACCAUACAGUCAUAUGCUGGGAGUCCGAAAACAGUUCAGGAAGAGAGAAGGGAACUCCGAGUGUUUCUGGAAGUACUGUGUUUAA